AUGGAAAUUAGCUGGGUUUUCGACAACUUCAAAUUAUUUCGGACUUAUGCAUUUUUUGAUCAUAUACCAAGCAAUUCGCCAUUCAUCUUACCGAUAAAUGAUCUUUGUCAUUAUUGUAAGCAAUUGAAUAUCACAUGCAUCAUCGAUGGAGCGCACGCACUUGGUUCAAUUGAUCUUCGCUUUGAUUAUGAGGAUGACUAUUUACCAGAUAUUUAUUUAACAAACUGUCAUAAAUGGUUUUGUGCACCCAAAGGAGUUGGUCUGUUGUAUAUCAAAUCAAACAGUAAACUAAGAAUUCGUCCAUGUGUGCAAUCACAUGGAAUUAAUUCUGGAAUGCAUUCUGAAUUUCUCUGGACAGGUUUAAAAGAUUAUGCAAGUUUUUUAGCAUUAACCGAAUGCUUACGUUUUUGGUCAUACUAUGGUAUGAAGACGAUUAUGGAUCGUAAUACACAGUUGGCUAAAGAAGCAAGUGAUUUAUUAGUAAAAAUGUGGAAUACAUCUAAAUUAACUUCAGAUGAUAUAUCUGGUCCAAUGCGUUGUAUUAAAUUACCGAUUUAUAAUGAUAAUAAGGGCAGUUUUAUAAAAACUUUUGGCAUGACGACAUCAUCGGCGACAGAGGACAUUUUCGAGAAUGAUUUUCCAUUAGGCUCAGUUGAGAAUAAACACAGAAAAACACAAAACGUCACUAGAAAAUGUAAACGCAACGGUAUUCCUAGCACAAAUACAAUCAUUGCUUGA